UUAAGAGCAUCUGGGUAUGGUCCAAAAUCCAUAGUUCUAGAAAUACAAGCCAGAACUACACUUCUUCCUUCGACCAACUUUGCCUUUGAGAUCCUGCAAUUCAAAUCAAGGAUCAGUAUGAAGUUCAUACUCACCGGCUGCACAGGCUUCAUUGGGAGUGAGGUUCUCUCACAAUGUCUUCGAAACCCCACAAUCACAUCGGUCGUUGUACUGUCACGCCGCCAACUCCCUGAUUCUGUUAUCAAUGACCCGAAAUUGAAUGUCGUGAUCAUGGAAGACUUUAACUCAUAUCCAGUGCCUGUCUUGAAGGAAUUGGCGGGUGCUGAUGCGUGUAUUUGGUGCAUGGGAACUACUGUUGGAGAUAAAGUCCUAGAAGUGGAUUAUCCACUUGCUUUCGGGAAUGGAUUCUCUAAAACUCUUGAGAAGAAGUUUCGGUACAUUCAUCUUAGUGGAGCGACAACUGAGAGAAACCAGGAGAAACCAUUAUGGUUCAAGGGAGAGAUGAGGAAGACGAAGGGACGAGCGGAAGAGAAUAUGCUCGGCUUCGCCACCAAGGAAGAAACGAAAGGUCCUUGGGAGACCUUAAUCGUCAAGUCAGGUUUCGUGAUAUCGAAAGAUAUCAAGAGUCCACGGGAUUUCAUGGGAUGGAUGAUGGGAACUAAAUCUUGCUUACGAGUGGAUGAACUGGCAGCAACAAUGAUAGACGCUGCUCUGAGUGGAUGGAAGGAGAAUACACUCCAAGAUGUUCAGACAAUGGGUGCAAGGGGACGAGAAAUACUUUGCCGAUCAUAGCCCAUAAAUCUAUUUUCCGUUCAUGAGAAGCUAUACACUUGAACUCCAAG